UCAAAUCCACAGCUCCCUCUAUAAUCCUAUAAACUUUUAAAAAUGAUUAUUCCCGUCCGUUGCUUCUCCUGCGGUAAGGUCAUCGGUAACCUUUGGGACAGCUACCUUGAGCUCCUCGCCGCCGGUGUUGAUGAGGGUGAGGCGAUGGACAAGUUGCAAUUGAAGCGAUAUUGCUGUCGACGAAUGGUCCUCACCCACGUGGAUCUUAUUGAAAAGUUGCUGAUGUACAACCCUCUCGCACGGGAUCGAUAGAUAUAACUUUCCCUUUCCUCGGUACUUCGGCUGUAAUUUAUGUAUAUCAUCAACAUUU